CAAUAAAGUUAUUGUGCACAUUAUUCAUUAUUAACUUAAUUUUCGGGGACACAUGCUUAUUAGGCCCUUCUGGAAUGGAGGUCUCUAUUUCGUUUAUGACACCAACUGCAUUUAGUAUAGAGGGAUGAUCUGUCAUGCCCAAUCUAACAGUCAAAUCAUUUAUGCCCUUUGGUGCAAAGCUGAAUACAACUCCUGUAGGAAAGUGCUUACUUAAAAUUGAGUUUUGUCAAAUAAAAAUCCUUCCAUAUAAGAGACACAUUUAUUGUCUAUCAAACAAAAAACAAUAACAGGUUAUCUGAAUUGAGCUUGAAUGGAAAUUUAUUUGCUUUCAAAGAGCCAAAUGCCAGCCAAAGACAGCUAAUAAUCAGUUGGACUCUAUUUGUCAAGACUGGGGGCUCUCUAAUAAAAAUCGUCAAAAGUUAUCUUUCUUAGCUAGUUACAUUGUCUUAAAAGAACUCACAUUCUUUUUUUGUUCAUAGUUAUUGAAGGAAAAAUGGAUGCAGGAUUCAGGACAAUGGCUGCUAAAUAUUUGAAGAACACAACAGUUUUACUGCUGGCAAUAUUUGCUCUCCUUUUAGACUCAGAUGCAGUCCAAGGAUGGGGAGCAUUGUCAAAGGAAGAAGAUUUGGAGCUGGAUAGACAGCUCAAACUAUUAAAUAAACCUGCAAUAAUGAGUUUCCAGACUGAAUAUGGAGAUAUUGUAGAUUGUGUUGAUAUCUAUAAACAACUUGCAUUUGAUCAUCCUUUGCUAAAAAACCAUACAAUUCAGAUGAAACCUGAAACCAUUCCAGAUGAAGCUUCAAGAGCUGAUACACAUUCAAAUGAUGUGCCCAACGACAUAUCAUGCCCACAUGGAUCGGUGCCCAUCAGAAGGAGUACAAAGGAAGAUCUGCUGAUGGAAAACUAUUUAAAAUCCUUGGGAAUGAAUUACAAACAUUGGUACACCUCCACAAUUGACAUAAGUGGCCAUCAUUCUGCAGCCCUUACAUUCCAAAGCCCAAAUUAUGGAGGAAAAGCACGCAUAAAUGUAUGGAACCCUCCCGUGACGGCUGAUCAAUUUAGCUUGGCUAGAAUGUGUAUUGUAAAUGGUCAUGCAGAGGAAACCAACAGUAUACAGGCUGGGUGGGGAGUCAAUCAAUUUCUAUAUGCAAACAACAGCAGGCUAUAUACUUUCUGGACUGCAGAUGGUUACCAAAAGAGUGGCUGCUUCAAUAUUCUUUGCCCCGGAUUUGUACAAGUUAGCUCCGAAAUAACCCUUGGCCUCUCACUUCUACCAACUUCUACAUACGAGGGUCCUCAAUAUGACAUGUUAAUCAGUUUAUACCAGGAUCAAACUACAGGGAAUUGGUGGUUCAUGUUCCAAGACAAGUAUGUAGGUUAUUGGCCAAAGGCGAUUUUCACAAAUUUGGCCGAGGGUGCCGAUUUCAUUUCAUGGGGAGGUCAGGUUUACAGCCCCAUGAAAGAAGGCAGCCCGGAAAUGGGGAGCGGCCAUUUCCCAGAAGAAGGUUAUGGGAAGUCUGCAUAUAUCAAUCAGAUCAAAGUUGUCAUCAAUAAAGAGAUAAAUGGGUUCGUCGAUCCAUUUGACAGUGAUACUAAAAUUUAUGCAGACAAACCAUGUUGUUACAAUGCCAUCCAUAAUGUGCGCAAGGAUAAUGAGUGGGGACAUCAUGUUUAUUUUGGGGGGCAUGGGAAUUGCACAUGUUAGGUGAAGAAGACCAGCAGGUUUCUUCCUUCCUGUUCCUGCUUGGCAAUGACAAUGUACUGAAUGAAUCUGCUAAUAAAAUAUGAGGACAUGUCAUUGUAUAAA